AUGGACAUUGUGCCGUUUAUCGCGGCCGCGGGCAACACAGAUGGUCAGAGAACGGAAGCGGAAGCCAAUCAGUAUUUCUUACAACUACUGCAGGAAAACAACCAGGUCAAUAUCUUCCUCAACGAUCUUCGCAUACAGAAUGCACUGGAACUCAGAGCAGAGCAACGGCAUCGAUUUGCCCUCGACAAUGUGUAUGCAGUGUAUGCUGAGGCGAAUGCGUAUAUCUCGCAUUUGGAAGCCACCGCGGACGCUAACCAUCGGCAGCAACUAGCAUUUAAUGUGAGUCAGUCCACCCACGUGCUGGUGGGGCAACUUCACAAUGAAGUUAGAGUGCUUGAAAGCAUUGCCCGUGCAGAACAGCGAACAGCACAUGAGCUACAGGCACAGCUGACACGCACACAGAAGGAAUGUCAAGAUGAACGGUCGUUGGCAAUGCAGUUUGAUGCACAUCGAUCCGAGCUGGAAGAAGCUGAAAAGCUUCAGUGGGAAGAGAAUGAAAGUCAGAUUCGGCUUACCUCUGAGGAACAGCAGUACGACAGCUUGAUUGACGAUCUCCAAGAUCGCAAUGCAGGGCAGAACGAGGGUGAGCCAGAGCACAUUUUCCGUGCAAAGCGCGACUAUGAGGAGGCAGCAAGCUCAUCUACGGCACCGCCUCCAAAGCAGGCGGCUAUCGCGCCCAAAGCGAUUGCUUCUAAGAAGAUGCGGAAGGUGGCUCCCAAGCCCGCCACCGUCAUUGAUGAUGAUGAGGCCAUGGUCGUGGAUGAAGCCACCCGCAAGGGUGAGCCUGCUGAUGCUGCUGGUUUCGCCCCCGAGCCCGAAGCCGAGGCCGAGGAAGAGGAGGGUGACACAACGGACGCGGGUGGAGAUGAGCCAUACCCUCUUGCCUCGCAUCCAUGCAAGGAGUGUGCGCCAAUCGAGGAUCUUCUCGCAAGUGACCUCCGAGGACUUGGCGAUGGACCCAAGAAGCGCGGCCAAAUGAGCGCAGAAGCCGCCGUGAUCCGCGAUGCCAAAGACCGCAAGCAGAGGGCUGCAAAGUUGAACUAUGACUCAGUGUCCGAACGCUUCGAGCAAGACGGGCAGUUCAACCUGAGGAUGAUGCAGGAAGGACGCAAUCUCGAGGACAUGCAAAAGUUCGAUCACCUCUCCAAUGCUGUGCUCCCGGACCCCGGACGCAGCGAAGAGCAACGGUACCUACGUGCCGGAGCUCACUAUGGUGGUGGCGGCAUUCCUCCUGCAAAGCUGGUGUUUUAUGCCCACUGCGAAGUGGAGCUCUUUGCUGAAGUGGCUGCUGUGAAUGAUGCGGCUAAGCGGAUCCUGACUUUUGACGGCGAGGUCCACGUCACGGGCACAACCGCCGAGGGCAUCACGGCUGAGCUGACGCAAAUCAUAGCCGAUAGCCUCCGUAGCGCACAGGAUCAGAAUCGCCGAACUGAGCGGCUGGCCGAGCAGAACCGCCAGGCCGCGGCACGCAACCGCCCAUCCCAAAAGGGACGCGGCCGUGCUGCAGAUCCUGAGCCGAUGUAUCGUGGCUAUACUCAGGCCCAAUGGGACGAGUAUUAUCGCCAGCAGCGUCGUGGCGGGUACACUCAGGCCGAGUGGGAUGCAUGGGACCGCACCCAUAGGCGCUGA